CAACAGCAAGAGAGAAACAUGACGAUGGAGGAGAGUCUUGUAAAUUCAAUGAUAGCGUUCAAAAGUUGGAGUCAUAGGCAAUACUUCAGGUUCGCUGAAGUUAAACGCAAAAAUGUGCAUGUGAUUUGCAAGUUAUGUCUGGGAACAAAUAAAUUAUCCACGUCGGUGACCAGUAACUCCAACCUUAUGAAGCACUUCGCAUCGCCUCUAGGGUGACCAAAUGUCCUGAUUUGUAAAGGGACUGUGCUGCAUUUUUCACUCCUUGCCCGGUGUUUCUCAAACAGAAACAUUGUCCCACAUUUGACCAGGUCAAAUUCUGAUAAGUCAAACGAAAAUACUGGAGCUCUUUUGAAAUGUGAGGAAAGCAGAGCUGCAGUUAUCAUCUCAGAGACCCAUCAGCUGUCAUUAAAAAUACGCAGCAGCGUCCCACGUCAUGACCAACCGCACCAGUUUGGUCAGUAAAAUAAAAGAAGAAACGGAUUUUCUUGUAUAGCUAUCAGUAGGCUACAUAGAAUAUAAUGGAAAGUAUUUCACGGAAAAGAAAAGAGAUUGUUUUAAAGCUUGCCAAAGUUAUUAAUUUCACACGGAGGGGAGCACAAUGUGAGGCGACACUGUGAAAGUGCAUCGCACAAGAAGUGCACAGCUAAAAAUCAACCUGCUGAUCUAAGGACCUCUUUUACGUCAAACCCAGAGAGGACUGCCAGACAGAUAAGUGUUGGAGUCAUGACUCAGACAGUGCAGACGAAUGGGGUCCAGUCCCUCAGCAAGACCUGGGAAUUAAGUCUCUAUGAACUACAGAGAACACCACAGGAGGCUAUAACAGACGGACUAGAGAUAGCAGUGUCACCCAGGUCUUUGCACAGUGAACUUAUGUGUCCUAUCUGUCUGGACAUGUUGAAGAACACAAUGACAACUAAAGAAUGUCUGCACCGCUUCUGCGCUGAUUGUAUCAUCACAGCUUUGAGAUCUGGGAAUAAAGAGUGCCCGACCUGUCGUAAGAAGCUUGUUUCUAAGCGCUCUCUGCGUCCAGAUCCCAAUUUUGACGCACUGAUUAGUAAGAUUUAUCCGAGCCGAGAUGAGUAUGAAGCCCACCAGGAGAGAGUUUUGGCUCGCAUUAGCAAACACAACAAUCAGCAAGCUUUGUCCCACAGCAUAGAAGAGGGGUUGAAGAUACAGGCAAUGACCAGGCUGCAGCGUGGAAAGAGACACACAGUCGAAAAUGGCAGUGGAGCUGAGGAUAACGGAGACUCCUCCCACUGUAGCAAUGCGUCUGUCCACAGUAAUCAGGAGGCAGGUCCAAGCAUCAAGCGCACCAAGACAAGUGAUGACAGCGGUUUGGACAUGGACAAUGCUGCUGAGAAUGGGGGAGGAGACUCUGUAAUUGAUGGUGGUGCCAGUGAAAUAGAACUGGUGUUUAGGCCACACCCCACCCUGAUGGAGAAGGAUGAUGGUCACAACAGUGUGGAGUUUGUUCCUCGCUACAUUAAGACAUCUGGUAAUGCCACUGUGGACCACCUUUCUAAAUACCUGGCAGUUCGACUGGCUCUGGAGGAAUUGAGAAGAAAUGCUGAGGCCAGUCCAGUUAAUGUUGAGGCAGCGUCAGAGAAACAGUACACCAUCUACAUACCUACAGCUGGGAACCAGUUCACUGUUCUGAACGGUUCCUUCUCUCUGGAGCUCGUCAGUGAAAAGUACUGGAAGGUCAACAAACCCAUGGAGCUCUACUUUGCACCCACUAAAGAACACAAGUAAAUGUGCAUCAGAAUACACAACUCCACAACUCCAUCCAUACAUACAUAAACAUACACACCUGUUGGAGGUAAACAGAUGGACAUGGCUACAGCUGCACACACAAACAAACGGAGAAGAAUGUGUGUCUGACAGAGACCAGGAGGUUUGGUUAAACCUUCAAAUGGACUCCUGUGAAUAGAAAAAAAACUCUGUUUUAUAUUUUCUGUACCUUUGUUGCUUGUUAGACAGCAGCAGAUCAGUACAGCAGAUUACACCUCAAACAGCAAGUGUAGAGCUUCUCAACAUACAGCCUUCAUUCAUUGCCUUGGCCUUCACUGUUAAAGCAAAACGAUCUGGUAUAUUUGUGUAUUAUGUUGUAAACUUUGUUUUCUGUGACAAACAUGAUGAUGUUCCUGCACCUCAUUGUAAACAAACAACUCUGCCCAGAAUUUAGAGCAUAUUUUAUUAUAACACUGCUGUUAUGAUCCAUUUUCUGCAAAAUGAAGAAACAAAAAGAUGAAGAGACAAACUCACCCAAUAAACUAAUUUCUCAGUUUCCAAACUGUAAUUGAGCAUGUAACAUGCAUCUGAACUGUAUUUAAGGAUUCAACUGUAAAUAUAAGGAGAAUAUGAAGCUUGUUAUUGAUCAUUGAAAAUGUUCUUCUAAGUACGCAUUCUUUGAAACCCCUUCUUCGAGACCUGCUUGUCCUUUGGCCUAAAUUUCAAAAGUUUUUGAGGCAGAAUGAGUCUCGGGGACUUUUUUGCUCCUUUUUAAAGUUUAUGUUCAAAAAACAUUUUUGUGUCUGAAAUAAGAUCAGUAAGAACAUGUGAGAACAACCAGUUUUUCUUUAAUAAUAAUUGGGAUAUGACAUUUAGGAACGUUUGAGUUAAACUGUUCUAAAGGAGAAUUUAAGUAGUGCUGUAUAAGCAAAUUAAAUGUAAAAUCUUUGUUUUCUCUUUUUUGUGUUGCAUGUCACUGUAAAGUUUGAGAAAUUCCAAAUGUCUGACUGGCCAGGCUUGAUGUUUGUCAUCUGAAAACCCUGACUUGUUUUGUUUGAGCAUUCUUCUUUCUGUUGUCCUGAUCUGUUGCCAUAGAAACAAAAUGUCUUUUAAAAUCUGUGGCUGCACUCUGUGGCUCAUCCUUUUUAUAAAUGUCUUUUGUAACACGGA